GCACAGGCGUUCGCGCAGAAAUUGCUGAACUACGGUCCGAAUCGGUCGCACUGUUGUUCCGUGUCCUGGUUGCGCGUAGUGUUCGUCGCGUAAAAUUUUUGUCGCGUUUCGAUUUGACGAUUUGCAACAAAACCGAUCUAUUUACCCGUAGCGUGUGAAAUAAGUUUCCCGUUGUGAUUCGAGAAGUGGUGAAAAUUAGAAAUAAAAACACCAACGUCACAUAAAUCCCUAUCAGCGUUUUGUAUCGAUCGUAGUUUUCUGUUUGUGUGUGAACUAAGCCAGACCCGCGCGCCCAUCGGAGUGAACCUGUGCAAGUGAACUUGUGUGCCGGAGGAAUAGUGUUUCGGUUGGUGCUUCUGUUACGCCGCUGGUUCGUGAACCCUAAUUCCCUGAGAGAUCCCCAACAUCCGAGAUGGCCUUUCGGAGGGCCAGUUACUGUUGUCUGGCGCUGCUGCUGCUGCUGUAUUUAGCCGCCGCCCUAGCCGCCGGAACUACUACCGGAGGGCCUCAGCCACAGGCAUCUCGUGGCCGCUCCAGCAACCCAUCACCAAGGUUGCCCCGCACCAGUGCCAGCCAGCUGUCCGCACAGAACAAUACUACCACGACGCGUGGUUCGACCUCGAGAAAUCUGACCAGCAGUGCCGCCACUUCUUCCCAGGCAGCUCAAAGCCGGGGUAACUACAGAACAAGAGAGCAGCAGCUACUGAAUGUGUUCGAGGUCGUCGUGUCAACACUCGAGGGCAAGCUGCAGCGGAUAGACAACCUCGAUAAGGCGGUCGAACAUCUGAUGCGGCGCGUCGAGUCACUCGAUAGCAAGGUGGCGGACAACAUCCUCAAGACCGACUCCGUCAUCUCGAAGCUGCGCACGCUCGACAGCAAACUGUCCAUCGUCGACGAUGGGCCGGACCGGCCGAAUAGUGUGCGAAUGGCUAAAUCGACCAACUCGCUCGACAGCCGGUUAGUGUCGCUCGAUCAGAAGGUAAGCGACAUCGACAGCAAGCUAAACGGGCUGAAGAGCCAAAUCGAUAGCAACUUCCUGUCGGUGGACGAUAUCAAUGCGGAGGCAAGCGAAAGGAAAACGGUCAGCAUGAAUGUGGCCGAGAUCACGAAAGCCAUGCACUCGGAGGUGAUGGGCCAUAUCACGAAGGAGCUCGGUCAGCUGCGCUCCAUCACGGAGGGUAUCGACAAGAAGCUGCAGUUCCACAUUAACGUGGUGUCGGAGAAUCUGGGCAAGACGCUGAACCUGCUGAAUGACGUGCACGAUGCGGUGGUCGAUCAUAACAGCAACUACAACAACUAUAAUGCGACCUCGACCCUGCCACCGUACGUGAAGUCAAGCAAGAUCGAUAUCCUGGUCAAGCAGAUCCGACCCAUUAUGUCGGUUUCGGAGAAGAUGGACGAAGUGUGGGACGUGGUCGUUGGCACGAAGAGCUCUGUAGACGAUCUGGUGCCAAAGUCGGAUGCACUGCUAACGCAAAACCAACGGCAAGAGCGUGCUAUUGGGGAAAUUCAUCAUGAUUUGAAAACGAAAACGAAUCUUAUCAUUAACAAUCUGGAUAUGGUCGAGAAGAGACUGAAGAAGCAGGAAGAUGAUGUUGCCGUACUGGCUCAGCGACCCGUUCCUGCGGAGCUUUUAAUGGAUCCUACCAUUGAUCGAUUGGUGGAGUAUGAUCCUAACAGGUACAUCGUGGAAGAUUUCACCGAGGCUCUGCCCACGACGACAUAUCCGACGUCUUCCUCCUCGGCGUCCUCAUCGUCUUCUUCCACCUCUACUAGCACCGCUUCUAGCACGAGUACCAGCAGUACCACACAGAGCAACGUAAACAUCUCCAACAGUAGUAGCACUACGACGACGACCGGAACAGCAAAGAAUGUGUCGCGUAAAGGCGGAAUCAUAUUCCCCAGCGUCAAGAAUAAGCCAUCCGUACUGAACAGUACCUUUGCCACCGACAGUAUCUUCCUUAAGGACAUUAAGGGUUAUUCUUGCGUUGAUCUAAUGAACGCUGGUAUGCGGCAGUCCGGUGUGUACUAUCUACAGAUCCGAGGAACGACUUACUGGUUCCUGAAGGUAUUCUGCGAACAAGAAAUAGCCGACGGUGGAUGGACGGUAAUCCAACGACGUGACGACUAUGGUGAUCCACGGGAAAAUUUCAACCGCGACUGGGCCGACUACAAAAACGGUUUCGGCGAUCCGGCAAAGGAAUUCUGGCUCGGAAAUGAAAACAUCUACAUGCUGACGAACAACGAAGACUACUCGCUGCGAGUUGAGUUGGAAGACUUCGAAGGCAAUAAGAGAUACGCACAAUAUUCGCACUUCAAGAUCCACUCGGAGCAGGACUACUACAAGCUAGAGAUUGACGGCUAUGAAGGCAAUGCGGGUGAUUCGCUGAACGAUCCAUGGUACGGUUCGAAUAACAGUCCGUUCUCGACGUACAAUCGCGACAACGAUCGAAGUUCGCUUAACUGCGCCAGCAUGCUGAAGGGCGGCUGGUGGUGGAAGUCAUGUGGACGAGGACUGAACGGAUUAUACCUGCACGAUCCACAGGAUCUGACCGCCCGGCAAGGUAUCGUAUGGUUCCGCUGGAGAGGCUGGGACUACACGCUCAAGAAGGCCACCAUGAUGAUUAAACCGAAGGGCCCUCAACCACAAGUGGCCGGCACGACGUAAUAGUGAUACUUCCGUGACACGAAUUGUACAAAUUAUUACUGUUUGUUUUCACUUGCUCCUCACACAUUCACACACCGACAGACACACACGUGCACGCGCACACAUACACAUGUGCACGUUACACGCAUACACGUGAAGUUCAUUAAAUCAAGGAUCCCUCCAUCCAAUAGUGACCAUUAUCAUCAACACCAUCAUCAUCAUUAUCACCAAUCAUUAAUCUAUGGUACAUCUCAUUUUUCUGAUAAAUGAUACCUAAAACGACACGUUUGCAGAAAUUGUUUUUACGUUCGUCGUCCGAGGAUACCAUCCUGCUUAUGUCUUUUGAUUCUUCACGAAAAAAAAGGACGAUCAAACAUGGCGAUCAAAUUGUUGGUGGAUAAAAGCAUCAUUCGCAUCCAUCCGGUAUGCUGUCCUACCAAGCUGUAGCUUAAUGUCCCACACACUCUUCCUUCCAAAAACCAACUCAUAAAACAAAUGGCAAAUGUGACUGAUUUUAAACCGACAAUACGCACUGUCCCUACUCCGUCACCAGUGUUGUCCGCGCGCAAAAAAGAAACGGAGCGCACAUAGCAAAUCGAUAAUUUUCCGCGUGCACUUUGCGCUACUGUACGCUAUAUCUUCAUGUUGUUUAUUUAUUAAAUUUUUGUGCAACAACAACGAAAACGUUACAAAGCGAACGAUACCGUUCAGGCCACUGGCGAUUCUUUAAUGCCCCAAUUCCUUAUCGCCGAGAUUGGAGCCUUGUCGUCUCUUUCGAAGCAAAAUUAUCAACACUACGAAUUCGAACACUUCUUUUCUUAUCCUAUAAACGGUGGUUUUUAUAAUGUAGACGAAGAAAAGAUGAGAACCAGUGGACCUCUUGUGGACGGAAGAAAAACUGCAACAAAAAAAGACCGCGGGUCAACUCCCCGGGCCGAUAGAUGUGUUGUUCUGUUGCAGUUCAUUACUAAAGAUCCUGAAAAUUCCUUCAGGAAAUGUACUUUUCAUCUUUUGCUGUAGCAAGCUUUUGCUGUAUGCGAUUGGUUACACGGACACCAGGAAAGGACGGUGCAAAAAGCCAUGCACCAGCCAUGACUGUAAUUUAAUAUGGCCCAACACUUUCGGGACGGAGUGCGAUGAAUUACUUACGUUUAGCACUCAACCCGGUAUCCACCAUCCUCGUCAGGGGCGGGAAAAUUGGCAAACACUCGCGGUGUGCGAUAUUAAUCGGUCUGUUGAAACUUUUCUACCCAAUGUGUGAAGUAGCCUCACUUGGGAGUGAUUUUGAUUUUUCCUUUGAUGAUCGUACGCGUCGGUUUUGUGCGCAAUUGCAAGAGGAGAACCGUUCCCCAUAAAUCAUCGCAAAUUAAAUGUUAUUGAUCCAUUUGGCGGUGGCGUACGAGCGACGGCGUUGACCUGUAAGCGUAAUUUAUCUAUCGGCUCGGUGCAAAUUUCGCAAUUCACAGAUUCCGACUCGGAAACCCGGAGCCGGUGCACGACUUGUCGUUAAAGGCGGCCCUCGAUCGGUUCGAUUGCACAUUUCAUAAUACUGCAAUCUUGCUGCCAACUUUUUGUGCCCAUUUUUCAUUCCACAUUUGUCGCUGUAGCUCUGGAAUGGGUCGCGUGUGUGUGCGUUUUUUUUUUUUUGCUUCUUCUAAUAUCCCGAUCAGGAACUGAAUGUACGAACAGUUUUGAAAUAAUAAUAAUAGUGAUAAUAACCGUAAAGUAUGUUCGCAUGCCGACGACAACGACGGGCGGUUUGAUGACGACUUGCGUACCAUUUCCCCAAGUGUUAGCCUAUUUUUUUUUUGUUAAAAGAAAACCUGCUCCAAUAUGUUGAAGCCACUCUGGAAAAGCGCAACUAACGGGCCGUUGUGUAUGCUGUGACGAUUUUGCACCCAUAAGCAAGCUACCCGUUGGAAUGUGUCCGUAUAUCUUGGAUAACGAUCUGUUAGCUGUUGUUUGAAGCCAAACUCUGUGUAUGUUUUUGGUGUGUCUUUGCCGAAAGCGACACUGUGAAGUAUUGGUUUGUUACUCACCGAUAGAUGAACCUAAUUGUUAUGGUUUAUUGAAUGACUUCGGUAACGAAAACGUUUACGCAAGGAAUUUCCAAUAGGCACUGUCCUGCCAAUUAUUUUUCUUUUGUACGCUGUGCAACACACGGGGAAGUGGAACAAGUUUUAAAAAACGGAAACUGUGAAAAUACCUGCACCAAACGGGUAACCAAUCGCUACAAUGAAAGUGAAAACAAAUGAAUGAACGUUGACAAAGCAAAUGCACAAAUACGAUCGAAUUUGAGUUUCGUGUUUUCCUCUGAUCGUCCCUGUUACGUUCCAAUAGUGUGCUGAAACACGGCUGCCCGCAUGGAUUCAUGUUCACACAUUACACAUACACAAACAUGCAAUUGUAAAUAUCGUUUUAAUUUAAUAGUUGAUAGAAUGUUUUAUAUUGAAAUAAAUAUAAAAAUCCUCCGAAAAAUA